CAUGCCUGAACCAGCGAAGUCCGCGCCCAAGAAGGGCUCCAAGAAAGCCGUCGCCAAGACUGCUGGAAAGGGAGGGAAGAAGCGCAGGAAGUCCAGGAAGGAGAGUUAUGCUAUCUACGUGUACAAAGUCCUGAAGCAAGUUCAUCCCGACACCGGCAUUUCUUCUAAAGCCAUGGGCAUCAUGAACUCUUUCGUCAACGACAUUUUUGAGCGCAUCGCCGGUGAGUCUUCUCGUCUCGCUCACUACAACAAGCGCUCCACCAUCACAUCUAGAGAGAUCCAGACCGCCGUUCGUCUUCUGCUGCCCGGUGAGCUGGCCAAACACGCCGUGUCGGAGGGGACAAAAGCCGUCACCAAGUACACCAGCUCCAAAUAA